AGUGCGGGCGGCGCGAGCCUCGGCGGGACAGCGGCGGGUCAGAUGCUCCAGCUGAUGUAUCUAGAGUGCUGUGCCAUCUGGAGCAAAAAUUAAAUACAAAUUUGGCCCCCAGCCCGGAAAAAGAAAUAACAAGCCUUUGCUUCCAAUAGCUGGUGAUGGAAGAAUAUAGCCCCUGACAGGAGAAAUGCUUGGGGGCACUGUGGAAGGAACCCCAAAUGCAUUCAUUGAGGUAUUUAAACCACACCAAAAGAAAGAAGAAUAAGGAAAAGAUAUCUCUCCAGCCCUCCAUGCUGAAGGCAGCCAGGAAGGAUGGUGCCAUCCAGUGCCCACCUCACGGGGUUUGUGCCCACAGGUGGAGGUCCUGGUCCUGAGCAGAUGGUGAGGUGGUGACCUCCGGUCUCUCUGUCAGAGGAAAUCCCCGCCGUGAGUUCCUGAAAUGCCACUUGACCACCUGUUCAGCUCAUUUUGUCCCUGCUCAGACCAGUAAAAGUUCAUGCCAAGGCUGGCACAGACUUUCCUUCUCAUCUCCCAGCUGGAUUUGGACACUUGGCAGCUGCUGGUUGAAUCACCAGCAUUGGUGUUUGGCUAAAGGCUGUCACAGAUUUGGAGGGAUAAGAUGUGGAUGGAGGUGGGUCAGCAGUGAUGGGACUUCUUCCUUGUGCAGCCCAGGCUCUGGUCUGCUCACCUCCUAAUGAGGCUGCAGUUGGACUGCAAAUGGACCAGCCCUGAGGGACACCUUGGUCAGCGUGCUCUGGAUGUUGUGGGAUCUGACCAACAUGCAAGUGAGGAAGACAAAGGGGAACUAAGGUGAUGAGCAUUGGUUGUUACUGCUGCUCUUGGCCAGAGGAUGGUUUUGGCCUUGUCCUGUGGCAAACGGAGGAGGAGGCUGAGGAGGAAGCAGAGCUACUUGUGGAAUGUCUCCAGGCUGUGAGACUGAACUGAGCCUGGAGGUUUUCAUGGAAUCACAGAAUGGCAGGGGUUGGAAGAGACCUCUAGAGAUCAUCCAGUCCAACUCCCUGACAAAGCAGGUCCCACCUAGAUCAGGUCACACAGGAACAUGUCCAGGCGGGGUUUGAAAACCUCCAGAGUAGAAGACUCCACACCCUCCCUGGGCAGCCCUACCUGAGGAGGAUGGAUUUCCUGCAGAUCUCCUGGACUAAACAACGUGUGGGAUGAUACAAGGAUGCCUGGCUUUGCUAGGGGGGCUCUUGUGCCUGUGUACCACCUCUCUGCUUUUGGGUCAUCCCAGCUCCAUCUGUCGACUCUGUGUUGGCUGUAUGGCAGGAGAUGUGUUGGGAGUGAUUAGCUCAUAGCCGUAAAACACCACCUGGACUUUGAAAAGGUUCCAGCAGGGCACGUUUAUCUCCUCCUGCUCCCACCGCCAUGACCUGAAAUGCCUCUGCUGUGCAACAACCCCAGCACCCCUGGCGCCAAACCGCGGUCGCCGUUCGGCAGAUACAUUGGGUUUGCGUGGCUUGGCUGUGGCGCGGCACCCCUGCGGCCUACCCAUGAGCUCAGACUUCCAGCAUUACAGCUUCAGGAUGCCGAACAUCGGGUUCCAGAACCUGCCUCUCAACAUAUACAUCGUGGUUUUCGGCACGGCCAUCUUCGUCUUCAUCCUCAGUUUGCUUUUCUGUUGCUACCUGAUCAGGCUCAGGCACCAAGCACACAAAGAGCUUUACGCCUACAAGCAGGUUAUACUCAAGGAGAAGGUGAAGGAGCUGAACCUCCAUGAGGCUCCAGAUGACUGUGUUCCUGUGGGACUGACCCCGGCAGACACCCCAGCAUGUGCUCGCUCCAUGUGGGGUGGCCGGGAAGGACGGACGGCCCCGGGAUCACCCAGAGCCGCCUCCUCCUCCUCCUCCUCCUCCUCCUGCGGGGCGGCCCUGGGCUGGGGCUGCCGGGGCCUCCCGGGGAGGGGGGAGAUGGGGAAAACAGCUCAAACCCCCCCCCGGGAAUACCUAGAAUGAGUCAGGGGAAAAGGACAGCGUGAAGAGAUUUGGCCAGGGUGGGGAAACAGCCCCAGGAGUCCCGUCCCUGGGCCGGGGGUUACCCAGCACCGUUCCCCAUCCCCGCGGCUGCAGUGGGGGGCAGGGACCAGGCGGCACCCCCCAGCCCCCAAAACACACCCUGGCCUUGUGGCAGCUGCCCCCGGGGUCUCCUCCACCCCAGCCUCAGGCUGUCACCCCCCUGCCCGAGGCUCUAAGGGGGGAUUUCACCCCUCUGCCACGCAGAAAGCUCCCAAACGCUGCUUGUGCAGCAGCUUCGUGGUGAGAAGGGGGAGCUGGGGCAGCAGAGGAGGUUGCUUUCCUGCCCUGUGCACGGGGAGGGGUCUCUCUCCCCACCCUCGGUGCAUCCUCAGCAGCCAAAUUGUCUUGUUUUCCCCAAAGCAGACACGAGGUGAACACGGAGGGGGGAGGAGA